UACGAAUACUACGUUUCAGCCAUACAAAUCAAUGACAACUCCAUCAAAUCCACACCAAACAAUAAUCAUCAACUACUCUACAAAACAUUUGACUACCCAAUUCCCACAAAAUUCAAUCAAGCCUUUCUCAAUCACAUCCACAGCUGACACACAAAGGCAUUUAAGAUGCAAGUAGUAAACUUGGUCGAGAUAUCAUGGCUUGCUUUGAAGAACACAGCCCAAAGUUUAGGGUCAGAAAUUGAGUUUGGGACAUCAUUAUGGUUCAUAUAUGCUGGAUUUUGUGUGUUUUUGGUUGCUUUUGCUGGUCUUAUGUCCGGUUUAACUCUUGGGUUAAUGUCUCUUAGUCGUGUUGAUUUAGAGAUUCUAACUCGUAGUGGAACUCCUACUGAACGAAAACAAGCAGCUGUUAUCCUUCCUGUUGUUGAAAAGCAGCACCAACUUCUUGUGACUUUGCUUCUAUGCAAUGCAGCUGCUAUGGAGGCACUUCCUCUAUACCUGGAUAAGCUUUUCAAUCAGUAUGUAGCAAUUAUUCUAUCCGUAACGUUGGUCCUAAGUUUUGGGGAGAUUAUUCCCCAAUCAAUAUGCACUAGAUAUGGCCUUGCUGGUGGUGCAAAUUUUGUAAUGCUUGUACGCGUACUCAUGAUUGUUACCUAUCCAAUUUCUUAUCCUAUUGGAAAGAUGUUGGACUGCUUACUAGGACAUAAUGAAGCUCUCUUUAGGAGAGCCCAAUUAAAAGCACUGGUAUCCAUUCAUGGCCAAGAGGCUGGAAAGGGAGGUGAACUUACUCAUGAUGAGACAACAAUUAUAAGCGGUGCGUUAGAUUUGACAGAGAAGACUGCUCAGGAGGCAAUGACACCGAUUGAGUCAACUUUUUGCUUGGAUGUGGACUCAAAAUUGGACUGGGAAGCGAUGGGAAAGAUCCUAGCUCUUGGGCACAGCCGAGUACCUGUUUAUUCUGGAAGUCCCAAAAAUAUUGUUGGACUUAUUUUGGUUAAAACUCUUCUAACAAUACGACCAGAAACCGAGACUCCUGUAGGGGCAGCAGCCAUACGUAAAAUUCCAAGAGUUCCAGCUGACAUGCCUUUGUAUGACAUAUUGAAUGAAUUCCAAAAAGGCCACAGUCAUAUCGCAGCUGUGGUGAAGGCAAAAGCAAAGAUUGUUAAUAAUUUACCCAUCAUUGUAGAUAAAUCUAACAAGUUAAAGAUCACUAAUGUUCAGUGUGAUUUAACAACUCCUUUAGUUUCCAAGAAAUAUGACCCCUCGGAGAAUAUGCAAGACUUCGGAAAAACCUCAAAAGAAAGCAACGUUACAGAGGAUAUUCAGGAAGGGCAAGUUAUUGGCAUCAUCACCCUUGAAGAUGUCUUUGAAGAGCUAUUGCAGGAGGAGAUUGUGGAUGAAACUGAUGAAUUUAUUGAUGUUCAUAAGAGGAUACGUGUUGCUGCAGUUACUGCCGCUUCUUUAGUUGCACGUGCUCCAUCUCUUCGGAAAUUAACUAGUCAAAAGACUUUAACUCAAGGAGGCCAAAGUAGGCAUGGACAAAGUGCAAAGAAGCCAAGUGAAAUUGCUGCUUCAUCAAAAUGAAAACCGAUUCGGCCCCUUGCUCUCAGACCAGCCAUGGAAAAAGAAGGCUUAUUGUUCUUUGCAUAUUCAUCCAUGUAAUAGGAAUUAAAUAUAGAAGGUACAUAUGGUGCAAUGUUGCAUCUUAAUAUUUUUCAGGUGGACAUUGCAUUGUUUGCUGUAGGGGUUCGAGAUUUUUGCUUAUUAUUUCAAUGGAUAUGAAUAUGUACAACUUUGAUUACAAGUUGCUUAACGAAGCUACAUCGAGUAGUUUCUAAUAAACAUUACGAAGCUACAUCGAGUAGUUUCUAAUAAACAUUCACAGUUUCUAA